AUGCUGAGAAGUUUUAUCGAAGAGAUCCAACCCAACACGUUUGCAGGGUUAAAAAAUUUGAAUUUUCUUGAGAUUCGAGAAAACAACUUAAACGUGAUCAAAGAAAACACCUUUGCUCUACACGGAUCCUCUCCUUGUCAAAUAUUCAUAACCAAAGCGAACGUGAGAGAAAUUGCAACAAGAAGUUUUAAAAAUCUUGGACACAGCUCUUUCGUAUUGUUUGACCAUAACCUAAUUACGAACAUCCCAUCCAGAUCCUUUAAUGGAAGCAAGUUUAUAUCUAUUUCACUUGAGUUCAAUAGAUUGCAGCAUAUUCAUCCUGAAGCAUUUAUUGAGGUCGAGAGCUUAUGGGAAUUGUCCUUAUCUAAUAACCUAUUUACUGAGAUUCCACUAGCUGUUUAUAGUAGUAAGGUUGUCCGUAGCAUAUUUUUGAACGUUAACUCCAUCAACUUAAGCUCAGAACACAAUAGAAGCGUUAUUGCUUACACGACCAAGGCAAUGUUUAUAGUAAAGAAUAAUAUUCGAUCAAUUUCAAGGCAUCAUUUCUCUGGGUUGGAAACUCUGGAAGCGUUAUAUCUUCAUCUGAAUAAUAUAUCCUAUAUAGAAGAUGGAUCUUUUAGCGGAACCAGUCUCAAGUAUCUCAUUCUUUACGGAAAUAGUCUGAAGAAAAUCACAAGUGAGAUGUUUAACGUAAAUGGUCGAACACUUAGAUAUCUUUACCUAUUCAACAAUCUCAUUGAAGUAGUAGAGUAUGAAGCGUAUUCUCAUCUAGCACCAAAUUCAACUGUAUAUCUAGAAUGUGGAGCUCUCGAAUAUAUCCCACCAAAAAUAUCAGAAAAUAUAACUGCGAGGUGCGUUAGUAAUAAGACAACAAUGACACUUGUAUCUUAUUACGUGGAACUUCAUACGGUUUGGUAUGGAAUGAGGUGCGAUGGCCGUGUUUGCACGCUCUGUGCUCAAGGUUAUUACGGACUGUUGACAAAGGAAGGCUGUUACCCUUGCCCACCAGGUGGUUAUUAUCAAGACAGGCUUGGAUAUGUUGAAAAUGGUAACUACAAAUCCGACUGUAAACAAUGCCCAAUCGGGACAUUUUCUCCUCGUUAUGGAUCUGCCUCUAUUUUUGACUGCCGGUCAUGUCCACCUGGAACCAAUACAGAUGCAAAUGCCGCUCUUGAUGCAUGUCCAUGCUUAGAGAACUUCCACCGAACUUACCGUUACGGUGCAUGUGAACCGUGUAUAAGCGGCGCCGAUUGCACAGGUGGCUUCCAGAAACUGAAAGCCGGCUACUGGUGGUCGUGGAAUUUCACUGGUUAUGUUGGUCCAGAUGACCUCGGUAGUUUAAACGAGUACAAACAGUUUGUUGAAAACAUUAGUAAUUCGUUUUUCGAACCUUCUAACCCUGAAAGUUUAAAAGAUACCGUAUAUACAGGAUCAAUUCCUGCAGUUCACAUGUGUCCACGAAGUGAGAGUUGCCAAGGUGGAGAUAUUGAAGCAAAUUGCUCAGAAGGUUAUACAGCUUGGUUUUGUGCAGAGUGCAGCCCGAAAUAUUAUAAAUUAUUCAACGAUUGCCACAAAUGUCAAGAUAUUAAGAUUAUAAUUAUUGUGAUAACUUUUUUGUAUGGGUAUGUUGAAAAUGGUAACUACAAAUCCGACUGUAAACAAUGCCCAAUCGGGACAUUUUCUCCUCGUUAUGGAUCUGCCUCUAUUUUUGACUGCCGGUCAUGUCCACCUGGAACCAAUACAGAUGCAAAUGCCGCUCUUGAUGCAUGUCCAUGCUUAGAGAACUUCCACCGAACUUACCGUUACGGUGCAUGUGAACCGUGUAUAAGCGGCGCCGAUUGCACAGGUGGCUUCCAGAAACUGAAAGCCGGCUACUGGUGGUCGUGGAAUUUCACUGGUUAUGUUGGUCCAGAUGACCUCGGUAGUUUAAACGAGUACAAACAGUUUGUUGAAAACAUUAGUAAUUCGUUUUUCGAACCUUCUAACCCUGAAAGUUUAAAAGAUACCGUAUAUACAGGAUCAAUUCCUGCAGUUCACAUGUGUCCACGAAGUGAGAGUUGCCAAGGUGGAGAUAUUGAAGCAAAUUGCUCAGAAGGUUAUACAGCUUGGUUUUGUGCAGAGUGCAGCCCGAAAUAUUAUAAAUUAUUCAACGAUUGCCACAAAUGUCAAGAUAUUAAGAUUAUAAUUAUUGUGAUGAUUUUCUUAAUCUUGACAUUUGUAUGUGUUACCUACGGGCUGUGGAGAUUAGAUAAACGAAUAAGAGGUGGCAUAACACGCGAUGACAAAUUCGUGAACCAUUUGAAGAUCGCCGUAAAUUUCUAUCAAGUUCUGGGCAUACUAUCUGAAGUUAAUGAAAUCCAUUGGCCAGAUUCGUUUCAACCUGUUGGGCAAAGUCUCCAGUACCUCGAUAUUGUACGAUAUGUCAAUAUUCUCAGCCCAACAUGCAUAUUUCCAGGAGUUUGGAAUGCUUACACGUUUUUGUACAUUGCCAUCGCAACACCUUUUAUUAUUGUUGUGUCUGCAUCAUUCAUCUUUUUGCUCUGUUAUAUUUAUAAGAGGUACAAACAAGCUCACUUAAGUCAUCAUUUAACAGACAACUUCAUUUUGAUUACAAUGGUGUUGCUGUAUUUGACUUACGCAAAUGCUUGCUCGAAAAUCAUGGCGGUUGGGCCAUGGUCUGUUCGUACGUUUAAUGUCACAGCAGACGGUAAAUAUUCAAAACGAGUGUUAACUUCAGACUACUCUAUCGACAUUGAUGAAGAAAGUGGUUUAAAGUACGAAACCAACAAGAACAUCGUUUAUGCUUCAUUUGUGUAUGUUAUUGGUUUUCCAAUUGUUCUAAUUCUGGUAAUAUAUUACAGAUAUAAACGUCAUGAGGCCGUACGUUGCGAAGAACAACGUGGAACUACGGGUAUAAAGUUUUUCUGCAAGCAAUAUAGGCCAAAAUGUUGGUUCUGGGAGAUAAUUGAUAUGUAUAACAAAGCUAUACUCGCCCUGAUCGUCAACUUCAAAGACGAUCAAGCCUCUAACAUGUCAUAUUCUCUUUUCUUGACGGUCAUUCUCAUUGCAUUACAUUUGUAUCUUGAACCAGUGAAGGCUAAAUCAGAUCAGCGGUUUCAGUUGUUGACACUCGUGUUCAUUGUCGUUAACUUAUCUGUUGGCGCAAUUGUUGAUAUAGAGUCCGAGUACACAGUAGAUGAAACGAUACUUUUCCUCCAUGGUAGUAUUCCCUUUAUCCUUCUGUUGCUCAACCUCUCAAUUCUGUUUGCUGUAUUUUUUGAUCUACUUAUUAAAGUAAAAGAGGUUUUGUGGUGGGAAUCGCAUGAUUCACAUGAACUCAGAAAUGAUGCCGGUGACGUCGAUGACAACGGUGAUGGAGAGAAUGAACUUUCUGCAAUACUGCAACCGGAUUUCGAAAGUUUGUCAGUCUACAAUCCCACGAUUCACAACUAGUAGUAAUAUCAUUGCUUUGUCGAGUUUGUAAACAUCGUUGGUGAUAAAUUAAUGAAUAAAAAAUACAAAAAUGUUUAACACGUAUCAUAUUUGUUACAUGACUAAAUCGGUAUAAAAUUUCUACAUAAAGAUAUAAAACAAAUAAUCAUCCUCAGUGGUACAGUAAAGUACAAAUGCUUUUUGCUAAUAUUUAUUUUAAGCUUGAAAAAUUCCACCUGCUAUGUUUUGCUUCAAACCUAAUAUUAUAAGGAAUCAAAAUAAUAUAUAAUUUUUGACUAUUACAGAGGCAUCGAAUAAAUUCACAAAAGACUUGCUCGUAUUAAGAAACACACAAUUGAAUUAUAAGCUCAAUGUGUACAAAAAGCUCACAAUACAAUAUUAUAGCAGAUUACCAUUGUGUUUAUAUGUUUUAUAUUGGAAAAGGUUAAUUCAAUUUAUAUUUUGUUUAUGUUUUGUUUGCAUUUUUACUUUCAUAUUUGUUUUGGAUAUUUUGGUUUACAUGGUUGAGCACAUAGAUAUGUUUAGGCCUAUUACACCAACCUAUUGCCUACGUGGAAUAUCUGUUCGCCAUGUUCUGCACAUAACUCUUCAGCGUCAGGAAAUAAAAAUAUAAAUUAGAAUACAAAAUAGGCCUAUAGAAAAUAACAUUUAAUAAGGUUGGUCCUAAAAAUCAAGAUUUAAAACACCUCAUCUUCUUACAAGAAGGUUUAUUUUAGAAUGCUGUCGAACUUUGUUUUGUCUGUUUCCUACGCGAUGUGUUAGUUGUUUGGUAUUGAGCUACCUAAUUAGCAUAUUCUUGCUCCAUUUUAAUUGCUAGACACAUCAGAGAAAACGAUUCAUGUUUUUUGAAAAGUACAGGUAUAAUUUUAAAAAUGAAGAAUUGUUUAUGAAUAUGUUUUCAUAAAUUUAUAAAGUAAAAUUCAAUACAAUACGGUAAGUUUAGGCCUACAUAUUUCCUAUAGAAUAUGUCAGCACGUUUUUUAAAACUUAUACCGUAUAGAAUUUGUAUAGAAUUUUAAUAUAAAAUCCCGAAUUAUGAUGUAAAAAAUAAUGAAUUUUCAUAGAAAUAGGAUUCUAUAGAAAUUGUAUAUUAUACAUUCUAUACAUUUAUCUGUAUAAUUUCUAUCGACUUUUAAAACAAUUUUAUUGAAAAUCUGUCAAAAUUAGGCCUACAUAAAAAUUAGGCCUAUAUCAGAAUUAAACAAGAAUUCCAUAGGAUUUUUCGAAAGGGAAAAACUCUAUAAAAACUAUAUACAUUUUUUCUAAGUAAUUCUCUAUAGAAUUAUAUUUCUAUAAAACUUGGAGAAUGGAUUGGCUUCAUAUAGAGAAAAACAUUUUGGAUCAAUUUUCUAUAGAAUUAUAUUUCUUUAGAACUAUCUCUAUAGAGAAUGAAUAGGUUUUAUAUAGAAAAAUAAUUCUGAUUAAUUUUCUAUAGAGUACUAGCAGUGUUACGUCACGAUAUCAAUUGAUACUACUCUGUUGCUAGCGGUGACACAAAGUAAGUUCAACCGGACGCCACUUUCUUCAUUGACAAUACAUUGUAGGCCUAACGUAAUAUAAUACCUAAACGUUGUAUCUUAGUUUUUCUUUGUAAAUUUUAAUUGAUGAUUAAAUGUGUGUUCGAUAACUAA